GAUAGGCAAACACCCUGUUUCGUCACGGAGAAUUAUUUUGUAUAAAGAAGAGUUAAAUAUAGAACGAAUACGUAAAAUGGUCGUCAAGUGUUCUAUUUUUGGCUGUGUUAAUAGAAAAGAUAGAGAGCAUGACCUUGAAUUUUAUCGGCUUCCGGCAAUAACAACAACUCAAGGAGAAAAGCAUGAAGAACUUUGCAGACUUCGUCGGCGAACAUGGCUGGCAAAUAUUGGUCAGAGCUUCGAGAACAAGAACGAAAACAACGUUCGUGUGUGCUCUUCGCAUUUCAUAACAGGAAAGAAAUCUAAUUUGUAUGACCAACUAAAUCCUGACUGGGCCCCGACUGUUAACCUUGGUCUAAAGAGAAAGCAGCCUUGUCCUGACAGGUAUGCUCGCCAACGAAAAAGACUACUGUCAGCUUCAGCAUUUGAAAACCGGGAUGUAAACCUGUGUUCAGAGAAUGAAGAACUCCCUGAACCAGCAGUUACUGACACUGGAAUUUCAUGUCAAACAGACAUAGGCUUAGAGCUUAUGACUGCGAUGCAGGAUGAGCUUCAGCAACUUAGAGUUGAAAACAUGGAACUGAAACGGCGAUUGAAUGGUUACACGACUCGAUAUGAAAUCGAUUACUUUGCAGAUAACAACGAGAAAGUAAAACAUUUCACUGGACUGCCGGAUUUCUUGACUAAACAUGUCCAAUGUAUUCUUAGCCUACAAGUUCGACACUACCCAGCCGACUGUGUCGAGACUGUUUACAAGUUGUAUAUCAACUUUGUAUAAAAGACUUUCAAGGCUUAUCAGAUGGCCGGAAAAGGAGCCUUUAAAAAAGACUAUGCCAAUGGAAUUUAGAAAGAAUUUUGCAAAAAAAUGCACAGUCAUCAUUGAUUGUUUUGAAGUUUUUUGUGAAAAACCCAGUGGACUUACUGCACGUGCUGAAACGUGGUCAUCGUACAAGCAUCAUCAUACAGUUAAAUAUUUAAUAGGCAUCACACCUCAAGGAACUGUCUCAUAUCUUUCUAACGGAUGGGGUGGUCGUGUAAGCGACAAGUACAUUACUGAAAACUGUGGGUUUUUAGAUAAAUUGCUGCCAGGGGACCUAGUGCUAGCUGACCGGGGAUUCAAUAUUGCUGAAAGCGUAGGAAUGGUGUCUGCAGAGGUGAAGAUUCCAGCAUUCACAAAAGGAAAAGAUCAACUUUCACCUCUUGACGUGGAAUCUACUAGGAAACUUGCACAUUCAAGAAUCCAUGUUGAGAGGGUGAUCGGAAGUGUCAGACAAAAGUACUCUAUCUUGAAUGGUUCUGUGCCAAUAUCAUUUCUCAUGAACAAAGAUAUUGAAGGAAGGUGUGUAAUGGACAAAGUUGCAACUGUUGCAUGUGGCCUUGUUAAUUUGUGUGAAUCAAUUGUGAACUUUGACUAAAAGCGCAAUAAAUAAUGAACAAAGACUAGCAGUGUAAAAUAAGUGCAUGUUUAUUAUUGUUUGCGAAGAACUGGCAGUAUAAUGGGAUGUUCAUUAUUGUUUGCUUAUGAAAUAAUUACACAAAACCUGGUCAAAUAAAAUUA